AUGGAACAGAGGCGUAACCCGAAGAACGGCGUGUCUCACUCCAAUCUCUUCAAUCUUGAGGUAGGUGACGCGGUGGGCUCUGGGCUUUGGGAGUUUCUUCAUACUAGCCUUUUCAAUGAAGCUGCCACCAUGCGUUCAAGUUGGGUUUCUCGACCAUCUUCGUGUUUUAUGUGUGCUUCUUGAUCGAUCACGGGUGUAGCAGCUCAGGCUCCGUGGUGUACGAGUCUUCUGUGACCGUGAUUUUCAUUUCUUUUUAAACGUUUGAACGCAAUUAGGGUUUUUUUUGGUUUUGCUCGUGUAGAUUUCCGAUAAGCUCUUAAACUGUUGUUUCUCUCAUUCCGUCCCGCGCUCAGUUUCAGGCGUUGCUUUUUGGGAAAGCUUGAGUUUGAUUUUUAAUAUUGCGAUUAAUGAUAUUUUGUUGUGAAUGUGAGAGUCCUCCUAGCUGCUAACUUGUUCUUUUGUUUUUGUCGUCGGUUUGGCGUUCGAGCGUAGCCUUUGGUGAACUUCCGUCUCCCUCAACGAGACGAUUUUGACUUCUAUGGAAAUAGUAGCCAGGACGAAAGCAGAGAUAGUCAAGGUAGGACAUCUAAUGGUGUCUUUUAAAACCUCGUUUUGACUAAUGCUGACUUCUGGGUUUCUUUGUCCUUGAAGAGUGUUUUCUUUUCCUUUUCCUACACUUAUGUGAUUUCGGCUGAACAGUUCGGAAGCGGGUUCUAUAAUUUUCUAUGUGAUUGUAAUGCAGAUCAGGGAGCUAUGUUAGAACAUGGGAAUGGAGUCGCAGCCAAGAGAUCUUUAGAUAUGAGCCUAACAAGGAGGAGGAGAAGGCACAAUGUUGAACUUGAAUCUGGCUUAAGUCCCUCCAUCAGGACAGAUGUGGAUAGUAACGAGGAGGAAGAGGAUGGCUACGAGACUCGAAUUUCAGAGGAACAAUAUCGUUCAAUGCUUGGAGAGCAUGUUCAAAAGUACAGGAGAUUAAGAUUUAAAUCAUCUUCUUAUGGUGCUGCAUCGACCCAGACUGCCGUGCCAGUUCCAAAGAUUUUUUAUGGCUCAAAAGUGCAGAAGUAUGGGAACGAUUCUGUGGCCCCUAUCAAGGAGGAGAGUUCUUUAUAUGAAACGGAAAGGUCACCAGAAUAUUAUGGUGGUGAUUUUUCGUCAGAGUAUGGUGGAGCCAGUAAGUUCUCGUCCUCCAUGGAGUCUCCUUAUUUAGACAUUGGGGAGGGGAUCACAUAUCGAAUACCUCCAACCUAUGAUAGGCUUGUGACUUCUCUGAAAUUGCCAAGCCUCUCUGAUAUUUGGAUAGAGGAGUAUUACCUGAAGAGUACAUUGGAUAUGCAUUCCGUUGCUUCAAUGAUGGCUGCUGAUAGAAGAUUUGGGUCUUUAAGCCGAGGAGGGAUGGGUGAACCUCUACCUCAGUAUGAGUCACUUCAGGCUAGGCUGAAAGUAUUAUCUGCUUGUGGUGCACUCCCAAAAUUUAGUCUCGAAGUUUGUGAUGCUGGAUUGGAUCCAUACGGUGUUCCAGAAGGAGCUGCAGGCCGUAUGCGGCGGUUGAUUAUGACUGAGUCUGGUACCUUACAGGUUUUUUUUGUGAAAGUCUUGGAAAAAGGUGAAUCUUAUGAGGUCAGUAUUUAUUUAUUUCUUCAUUCAUGGCUGAGUUGAUUAUUACAUGAAGAAUUUUUUUUGUUGUUAAAGUGCAAUAUUGAUAACAGAUUAUUGAACGUAGUCUUCCUAAAAAGCAAAUCAUGAAGAAGGAUCCUUCAGUAUUUGAGAGAGAAGAGAUGGAUAAGAUUGGCAGGGUCUGGGUAAGCAUUGCCCGGAGGGACAUACCAAAACAUCAUCGGAUAUUCAAUAAUUUUCAUAGGAAGCAAUUAGCAGAUGCAAAGCGGUGCUCUGAGAACUGCCAAAGAGAGGUGUGUUACGUGUCAUCAUUAUUUCAACUUGGUAUUGCAAUUAUUUAUUUCCUGAUUUUUUUUCUUCGAGCAUCAAUCUUUUUUUUUUUUUUUGACGAUUGCUAUCAUGGCAUCAGGUGAAAUUGAAAGUUGCUAGGUCAUUCAAAUUAAUGAGGGGCGCAUCCGUUCGUACUAGGAAGCUUGCUAGAGACAUGCUGGCAUACUGGAAAAAAGCAGAUAAAGAGCAGGUGAACGUUUUUUCUUUCAAUUUUUCCUGGUGGACAUUUUUAGAAUGCCAAAUUAGGCACGGUCACCGGAGAUGUUGAACUCAUCCUUUAAAUUGAUUUUCCGCUCCUGUAAUUUAAGGCUUGCAGAUAGUUGCCUGUUUGAUUAUUGCUUAAUGUUUGGUACGUCGAAUUAUGGAAUCGGUUGCUUAUCUGGUUCGAAUUGGACUUGACCAGUAGGAUCAUUGUGUCAUAUAACAAAAACUCUUUGGACUAAAGGGGUUGCCUAUUAUCUUAUUGCUCCAAGGCCUUUCAUAGAAGUCGACCAUGUAUUUUUUUGGUUUUACUUAUUCUGCAAUAGAUGUAAUCAAUGGUUUUUUUCUAUACGGCAUCUGAGAAAGGUGAGUUGGAUUUACGGUUGCAAUUUUUUCUUUGUCUCUGAGGCUGAUAAGUCUAUUGCGGACAAUCAUUUUAGAGUAACUUUCUCCCUUUACAAACUUUUGCCACGUGACUUGGCCUAUUCUAAUAAAUCGGUGAUUCGAAUUUCUAAACGUAAUUCGGCUGAUAACUUGGACUGUUAAUUGGCCAACUUCUGUUGUCAGCAGUUUUGGUAAAAGGACAGAAAACAUUUGUUGCAUCUGUCAAAGCUAUUUUAAAACUAGCCUGUGCCAUAACAUAGAUAUCUAUCAAUAUGGUCAGACAUCAAGUCUCUAUGAAUGCAACUGUUAUUUUUCUUACAAUGCAUGAACUUAGUGUGCCAUCCAUAUCCUUCAAUUUGCUUUCCACUAGAAAUUUGUUUCUCACGACAAAGAGAACUGGGCCGGGUAACUAUUGGCAAGACAAUCAGGAAACUAGUGAUUUAGAGAUUUUGUGCACUACCCAUCUCUCUUGUCCUUGGCUGUUCAAAGUUCUCUUUUUCAUUCCCAUACAGAUCACCGCAAAAGUACUAACAUGUUGCAUCGUGUCUCGGUGUGUUGAGAAGUGUAAUAAAUUCUCCUUCCCUGCAAAUAUAUCAAGUCAAGCUAUUUGUUGUUGUUUAGGCUGACGUUGAGCUUGCAUUCUUAUGUUAACUACUUUUACUAUAAUUUCUUCUGCAUGUCUAACUAUAACUCAGAGAAUCAGCCAAUUGCGAAUAUAGCUUGGUUAUUUGACGAAAAACUUCCACAAUGAUCAGAUAGGAACGAAUAAAAUUGCAGCUAUUCAAUGAAUUUAUUAUGAUUGUUCACUUUGACUCUAUAACUAUAGCCUUGCAGCCGUGUUUCAUUUGUAUUGGUUUCUAGGAAGGCCUCUUCACAGCAUGCUAGUCAUUCUGAAGCACUGGGUAUGGGUACUCUAUUUAGCAGAUUUUCACUUUUCAUAUGUUUUCGUUUCAUAUAUAUAUAACACCGUUAUUUUCAGCAGUCUUUUCCAUUCUACUCUUAUUGCCGUAAGCUUGAUGACGGGCAUUUAUUUUAAUCUUAGGCUUAUUGCCGAUGUUCAAUCUUAUUUGAAUGUGCUAUUCGACCAUACUUUGCAGGCAGAGUUGAGGAAGAAAGAGGAGAGAGAAGCACAGGAGGCUAUGAGGCGUAAUGAGGAACUUCGUGAAGCAAAGAGACAACAACAGAGGCUUAACUUUCUGUUGUCUCAAACUGAGCUUUACAGUCACUUCAUGCAGAAUAAACCAACUUCUCAGGCCUCUAGUACUUUAGAAGACUCCAGAGACCAGAUGUUGACCUCUGAAGAUGCUGAAACAAUAGAAGAUGACGAUCCUGAAGCAGCUGAGCUAAAAAGGGAGGCUCUUAGAGCAGCACAACAGGCUGUCUCCAAGCAAAAGGAAAUAACGAAUGCAUUUGAUGGUGAAUGCCUCAGGCUGCGUCAAAAUGUUGAACCUGAAGGCCUAGGAAGCGACGUCUCAAUCACAGGGUCUGGCAAAAUGGAUCUACUGCAUCCGUAAGUUGAACUUUCUUCACAGAAAUAUGGCUAGGUCGUCUGCUGCAUUAACCUUUUUGUCAUCAAAAGUUGUCUUACUCGGAUUAUUAUGCCUGUGGAUCUGUUAAGUCUGUGAUAAGCUAUGCUAUUAACUUUGUUGCUGUCCCUGAUAUCCAAGACUAGCAAAAAAAGCUGUAUCUCAAUGUUGUUAUUAUAGCUAAAACCUUUGCACCACCAACUGAUGUAUUUUCUUGUCCUGUUAGUUUCUUCGAUUGUGUUUUUUUUCAUAUCUUUCUACUGAAUUUGUUAUUCAAAAAGAAUUUUGGAUAUGCUUUUUUGUUGGGUUAUAUUUUGCUAGCAUUCCUAAAUAUCGGGCACUUUACAUCCUCCCCCAUUAUUUUUUUGAUCUUUUUAUUAUUGGAAUAACUUUUUCUCCAGUGCCAGGCUUGACGAGAUUGUAGUUGAUAAGACCCUUGUGGUCAGUCACCUAGCUCGAUUCACUAACUUUGUUUUGCUUCCUUCUCAUGCAUCUUGUCAAUGCUUCAUUCGUUCUGAAAAUGUGCUGAUCUAACAUUUGCAGUGAAUCAUAACAUGCUAGGCUAUACUGACUUAUUCUUUAAGUAUGAUGGUAUUGGCUGAUAAUGAAUGGUCUGCAGUCUGUUAACUUGUGGUCACUACUUACGUUGGAUAAUGCAUGUUUCCAGAUGAAGGCAGAAUGAAGAAAAUGAUUCAAGUUUCCUCGAAAUAAUAGUGUGAACUGCUUGUUUUUCGCAUCAAAAAUUGAUAUUGAUUAACAAGCAAAUAGAUGACCCACUAGAGUAAUUGGAUUUUGAUUAUUUUCAGCUCGACAAUGCCGAUGAUAUCAUCAGUGAAGACACCAAAAAUGUUUAAAGGCACUCUUAAAGAGUAUCAGUUAAAGGGCUUGCAGUGGCUAGUAAAUUGCUAUGAGCAGGUAUGGUGUACUUUAUUUAUAAUUAAUCUUUUUCUGGUGAUUUCGUUCAUGUUUAUUUAGUAUUCAACUUUUGCGUUCAGGGUUUGAAUGGAAUCCUUGCUGAUGAAAUGGGUCUCGGAAAGACAAUCCAGGCUAUGGCAUUUUUGGCUUAUUUGGCUGAGGUGUGUCACCAAUUGGACGAAUAAAUUAUUUGUAGCCUUCUUCAUGGGCGCUCAAGUCUGUUUUGUUAACAUGUUAUAUAUUUCGUGCAUAACCUUCACAAAACUGUCAAAUUUUGCUCGAGAUAGUUUUGAAUUGGUAUUUCUCAUAAAGAGGAACGAAAAUUUGAAAAUUAAAAUUUUGGUCUAUUCAGUAACUGGAACUUGGAAAAUGACCGCUGUCCACUGUCACAGGGAUGAGGAUGGUCACUCGCACUUUCCUUUUUCAUCAUUACUUUUGCAUGAUAUGUUAACAAAAACUUAAAUUCAGCUGUAUUCCUAUUGUUUCAAUGAGAAAAUUAUCUUCGCAUAUUUUAGUUGGAAAGUUAAAAAUAUUUGCAUUUUAAGACUGGAAUUUUUUUUCUCAGCUUGUUCAUUUCUGAUCACUUUCAGAACCUCUAUUCUCGAUAGAGUUUUCAAAAUGGUUGCUUUGAUUUGAAGCUACCUUUUUUGAUGACUUUAAUUUUUGCACACCUGAUCUUGUCAUUUAUUAAUGCUUUAUACAGGAGAAAGGCUUAUGGGGUCCCUUCCUAGUCGUCGCUCCCUCUUCUGUUUUGAACAACUGGAAUGAUGAAAUAAUGCGCUUCUGCCCUGACCUGAAGACACUUCCCUACUGGGGUGGGCUUCAAGAGAGGACAAUCCUGAGAAAAAAUAUACACCCAAAACGUUUGUAUAGAAGGUAAAAAAUGCCCAUGAUUCUGAUGCAUUCCAUUAACCAGCUUUCAGAGAUCAUGCUAACUAGCUUCCUUAUCCUUCACUCUUUUCACUAAAGAUCAAUUAUUGCUUUAACCUUUCCAGGGAUUCUGGAUUUCACAUUCUCAUAACUAGCUACCAGUUGAUUGUAUCUGAUGAGAAGUACCUCAAGCGGGUGAAAUGGCAGUACAUGGUGCUUGAUGAAGCCCAGGCAAUAAAAAGUUCAAUGAGGUAUGAAGUCCCUUCCGUCGUCUCACAUUAUGAUAUUGUCAGUGUGACUUCUGGGAUUUCUGAGAUUUCUGCCAGAUCCCAUUCUAGACUUCUGGCAAAAUCUUGAAUGGGUGAGAAACAUCUUUAGACUUCGUAUGUAAUCUAAACUUUAUCAUAUGGUUUUUAUGUAUACCAAACAUCAAAAAAGCUCGUAUAUGAAUGAGGUGCAGUGUUAUUUGGCGAAAAAACCCAAUUGCCCAAUGAAGUAUAUGACAGAUUCUUAUCCUUCUGUUGGAUUAAUUCUCAACAUAACUUAACUACUUUUUGGUUAUUGGAACGUUUUUCCAGGCACAUUUUCUCCCCACUUAUGCCUUUGUUGAUUUGCAGUAUACGGUGGAGGACGCUGCUGAGUUUUAACUGUAGAAAUCGCUUGCUUCUAACUGGAACACCCAUACAAAAUAACAUGGCUGAACUCUGGGCACUGCUGCAUUUUAUCAUGCCCACCUUAUUUGACAGCCAUGAUCAGUUCAAUGAGUGGUUUUCAAAGGGGUAUCCUCUCGAUCUCAUUGCUGCAAAAGUUUGUGCGAACUCUGAUUCAUUUCAGCCUUCUAAAUUCUUUUAUCUUUUUUAUUUCUUGCUGUUUAUUUUAGGAUUGAGGGCCAUGCAGAACGGGGAGGUACUCUAAAUGAACAUCAGCUCAAUAGACUGGUAAGGACAACUCUAUCAUAUAAAAAGUUGUUAAAUCACUAGAUUCACCUAUGGUGUUUGCUUUUUCAGUUAUUCCUUCUAUAACAUAUUUACCAAUUCAACUAAGAGGUCUGAGAGAACUUACGGUUUAUCUUUGGCUGCAGCAUACCAUUUUAAAGCCAUUUAUGUUGCGAAGGGUAAAGAAGGAUGUCAUUACAGAAAUGACCGGGAAAACAGAAGUUAUUGUUCAUUGUAAAUUGAGUUCUCGGCAGCAGGCCUUUUACCAAGCUAUUAAAAACAAAAUUUCUCUUGCUGAGCUUUUUGACGGUAGCCGUGGCACACUUAAUGAGAAAAAAAUUCUUAACUUGAUGAACAUUGUCAUUCAGUUAAGGAAGGUAUGCAGUUGAGUUAUGCAUGGUUUAUGAUAAAGAAGAAAUAUUUUUGUUCAUUUGCUGUAAAUUAUGCUUCUUUUCUCAUGGUUUUCCUGUUAUCAAACUAUUUUAAAUAUUAUUUUUUGGAAUCUUCUGUUAAGCCCCAAAUUUACUUUUAUUGGCAGGUUUGUAAUCAUCCAGAGUUGUUUGAGCGAAAUGAGGGAUGCACGUCUUUUUAUUUUGGGGAAAUACCAAAUUCUCUUCUGCCUCCUCCUUUUGGGGACUUGGAGGACAUUCACUAUGCAGGAGCUUGGAAUCCUGUCUCGUAUAAGGCAAGCCAUGUUGUUGCUGAUGUUUUUUUAUAUCAUAUCGAAGACUUAUCACAAGUUUUGGGAUGAGAAAGCAAGUUAAAUGUUACCACCUGGGAUAUAAAGUUUUAGUUGUGUCUUUGUUUGGCUAUAUUGAAAUGAAUUUUAUUUAUUUCAGGUGCCAAAACUUGUCCAUGAAGAAGUCAUUCGACGCACUGAAAUUCCCUUUGCAGAAUCUUGUGGGGCUGUUCAGCAGGAAUCUAUUGAGAGACUUUUUGAUAUAUUUUCGGAGAAUAAUGUUUUUCAGUCUGCGGUUCCCCAAUCUAGAGACACAGAUGCGUAUGCAGAGAGUGGCACUUUUGGUUUUAGUCGCUUGAUAGAUCUCUCGCCUGCUGAGGUUUCUUUUAUAGCAAAGGCCUCUAUUCUUGAACGGUUGUUAUUCUCUUUGUCAAGGUGGGACAGAUCAGGUAUAGAUGAAGUACUGAACAUGUUCUUGGAGUUGGAGGGUGAUGUUGCUGAAUAUGCUGAUAUUGAAAAAGAGAAGGCGCAGGCUAUUAUGAGGAUGCUACUACUGCCCACUAAGUGUGAAUCUAGUUUACUUCGAAGAAAGCUUGCUACUGGCCCAGGAUCUUCGCCAUAUGAGGCAUUAGUCAACUCGCAUCGAGAGAGAUUUAUGUCUAGUGCAAGGCUUCUGCAUUUCACACAUGCUUUCAUCCCGAAAGCUAGGGCUCCACCUGUGAGUUUUUCCUUUUUUUAGUGGGUUGGCUUUCCAUUACAGUCUCAUGGUUUGUUUCCGUUGCCCAAUGUUAAUCUAGUUUAGUGUCCCUAUGUUUCCAUUACAAUCACAUAGUUGAUUACUCUGUCACCUUGCUACGUAUUUACGCCUUCUAUUUUUGCAGGUUACUGCCUUGUGCUCUGAUAGGAGCUUUGCCUAUCAAAUGGCUGAAGAAUUGCAUAAUCCUUGGGUUAAACGGUUACUUGUUGGAUUUGCUCGUACGUCUGAGUUUAAUGGCCCAAGAAUACCUAUCACUCCUCAUAACUUAAUAGAGGAGAUAGACUCAAAGCUUCCUGUUUCCCAGCCCAUUCUCCAACUCACUCAUGACAUUUUUGGUUCUUCUCCCCCCAUGCAAAGCUUUGACCCUGCCAAAAUGCUCACGGUAUAAUAUUUUUUCUCUCAUAUGGAUCUAAAGUUUGUUGAUUUAUCGUUUGCUUCACUGAAGAUUAAGCAGUCUUUUUAUUUUUCAUUUAUUAAUAUGAUUCUGGCCGUCUGCAGGAUUCUGGGAAGCUUCAAACACUUGAUAUAUUAUUGAAGCGCCUUCGUGCUGAAAAUCAUCGUGUGCUUUUGUUUGCUCAAAUGACAAAGAUGCUGAACAUCCUUGAGGUAUUUUACGUUCUUGUACCAUAAAAACCUGCAUUCAUCCUGUUUUACUCUUAUGUAUCUGAAGAGCACCGUUAGUCUCAUCCAAAUGUUCAUGCAGACUUCCACAUGAUUUAAGGGAAGCCUAAGUUUUCUUUUGGUUUGCAUAAUAGAGACAGAGACGCCCUUCUUGCAUUUUCUCGUAUUAAAUGUGUUUCAUCUAAGCUUUAGAUUGAUUUUACCUCUUUUGCCCCAUUUUGCAUUAUGAAUGCUGAAUCCUGAGUCGCUGAAACUAAGAAAUGACUGAAGUAGGAGUCAUAACCUUCUUUCCAUGGGAAUGCAAAAACAUGGUUCAAUGUUCAGUCAUGUAACUUGAUCAACAAGAUGAAAGGUUUUGAAUAAAAUGAUUUUGAUAUAGAAAAUAGCUCCCAUCGGACAGAUUUGCUUUCAUCUUAAGAGGGUGAAAAGAUUAUGGGGAGAUGAACCAUCAUUUAUGGAUAUGUUGGUUGCAAAGAUGUUCUCAGUUAGGAAUGGAAAUGAAGGGAUGAAAUCUAUUUCGGCCUAGAAUAUCCUGGAUGGCUCGUGGAUAUUUCAUGAUGGGUCUUUUUCUUCCCCCUGAAAAAUACUGAAUGGUUAUUUAUCUGGAAUUAUUGGUCUUUCUUCUUUCGUGGGGCGUUCCUAGACAGGUAAUAUGGUCUUCUGAAGGAGUCCAGUUUUUUCGCCUUGUGUUGUUUGACCAAGCUGGAGAAUGAUCUUGCUGUAAGUUUCAGAUUUUCUAGGAUUUUCAGUGGUAGAAAGACGUCCAUUUGAGGUUUUUUUGGUGUGGUGCCUGUCAAUCUUGAACUGUAGCUCUCACCUGUCGCUUGUCAAAUUUAUGACUGGCCUUGCAGAAGGGCGUGAUUGGUUACCUUAGCCGGGGUAUUUGGUUAGGAUUUGAGUUGGGAAAUCGAGUUUCGGUGUAAUGCAUUUUAAAAAUGACGCUGCCUCCAAUCUACAUACUACUAUAUGUUCAUUUAAAAGGUUUGAGAUUCACUACUUUUUUCUCUCUUGGUUCCUUCAGAUGUCUCCUAUAGUGGCUCCAUUUUUUUACCGUCUUCAAGAGUUUUAAAGUUACGCCACCUUGAGUACUGAUUUCAGCUACCUAGACGUUGAUCAUUGUUCUUUUUCACUGGCCAAUAUUUGUGACAUAGACCUCAUCCGAAUCGUUUCAUAGAUUAGACCGCUUUAUGUCUCGGUUGCACUUCACUUCACCUGAUGUGUCCUUAUUCCUUAUUGGUCUCGAUAUGAAAUGUGCCAACAUUUUGAAAGUCAGAAUCACUAGUAGCACAUGCAUUGCCAACGGUAAUGCCCCUCUCAUUUACAGCAGUGAUUUGUAUAUUUUUUUCCUAUAUGCAUGAGAAAUCUAUUGACAUCGCAGUAAAAAAGGUACACAGCAAAGUUAUAAGCAUGCAGAGGAUUGAAAGAUGGUAGAGACAAAUUAGUCAAGGAAACGUUCUUAAGAGAGAGCUCGUUGCCUAGAUCAAUGGCAAUCACAUGUUGGUGUACCAUUUCUGUUUUGGUUACUUUAUUAAUAACGUACCCCUGGAUAUUAUCACUCAUCAAGCAUUUCCCUUGGUGAAUAUUCUAAAUGUCUCCUUCAUCUUAGAAUGAAAUCCGUGGGUAUUUUUUGCUGACCUUGGAUUGAUUCUUGGUAGAUUGAUCACAAUGGUGAUUUGUCAGUUUGAUUGCAAUGGUGUGUUAAUGCAUUUAAUGUCCCUAGCUUUAUAUACCUUUCUCCCAUGGUUUCUUUCUGACCCUUAUUUCUGAUUGCACGCAGGAUUACAUGAAUUACAGGAAAUAUAGGUAUCUUAGACUUGAUGGAUCUUCUACUAUCAUGGACCGCCGUGACAUGGUUAGGGACUUCCAGCACAGGUUGGCAUUUUUCACCUUUUUAAGUCUUUAUUUUUAUUUAUUUCCUAGUUCAUGUUUUUUCUGUUACAGUCAGGAUGUAGCUCUAAAUCCCUCAUAGGUUUGACCAUGCUAUUUUUUGACUCUUCUCUCUCUCUCUCUCUCAGGAGUGACAUUUUUGUUUUCUUGCUGAGCACGAGAGCUGGAGGUUUAGGUAUAAAUUUGACAGCUGCUGAUACUGUGAUCUUCUAUGAGAGUGACUGGAAUCCAACAUUAGAUUUACAGGCAAUGGACAGGGCACAUAGGUUGGGUCAGACAAAAGAGGUCAGUAAACCAUCCUUAAAUUUCGCUCUUUCCUCUAAUACAUGUUAGAAUUAGCCAACCUGCGUUGUUAAAACUUCAAGGUAAUUUAUUAAUUUGAGAGUGUUUUUCACGUGGGCUUAUAUGUGUCUAGGAAGUCUGCCUGAAUGCUGAUAGUCCUAAAUGAGAAAUUGUGUUUUUACUCACUCUUUUUGCUUUUCGAUGUAAACAUAAUACCAAGUUGGCCAGUAUUGGCAGGCAAGUUUUAUUUUAUUACCCCGUCUGUGAUAUUCAAAGACCACACUUUUAACGCAAUUAUAGUUCCUUUGAAACAAUAUGAAGUUUGAUCAUUCCAAACUGUUCGGCCUGUUUCUGAGUCUUCCUAAAUUCUGGAUUCAUGGCCAUUGGAUCACUUGAUGUGGAAGCCAUGUAGAUAAUUUCUUACGCUUAUCAGAGUAGUUAUUCUUCAUAUGGUUACAUUUAGAAUUUGACCUUUUCUUAUUCCCCAAAUGAUUACCGAUAUCUUUGCUUGAAGAUCAUCAUGUGAAACUUUAUUGCAAACUGAAUUGACAGUUAUAUCGUUGAUUUCAAUGUAUGUUGCACAUAUAGCGAAUUAUAAAUCGUAUAUUUUAUCUAAUUGUGCAAAUGAGUCCUUUGCUUAAUCUCCUAUGCUCACCAUCAUUGAAGGACGGACAAAACAAUGUUGCCAACGGUAACUGAUAGGCUCUUCUCUAAGCUUGUGAUUUGCCUCCUCUGGUGGGAGCACCUGUCAAAUUAGGGGAGAAGUUAAGAUAGGAAUGGUGGAUUCCGCAACUGGUGUGGUCCAUUCAACCAAGCAGCCAGUCAGAUCUCUGGCCAUCCGAUUCUGGCCAUCUAACAGAAUGAUCGUAAAAGGCUUAGAAAAACACUAGGACAACUCCUUUUUGGUUGUUUUCAUGCUAAAAAGCUUAAUCUGAGGUGAAAUUUUCAAAAGUGAAAUUAUCCUCACUGGUUCUUAUUGUACGAACAGCGAAAGCCUAAUUUAACCAUUUUUGAUUUCAGGAGGAAAAGGACGUGUGUUCUUUUCCUUUCUUAGCUUCCAGCUGUACUAAACAGAUUGGGUACCUGACAUUCAAUGAAUCUUAAGGCGGCAAGUAUCAUUAUUCCUAAUUCAAUAUGCGCAGAGGGUGAGCAAGAUUUUAAGCAUCCUAGGAGUACGGCGAACUAUAUAAAAAGUUUAACUUUCUGUUAGACUAAUCAACUGGAUGUGGUAGUGGUCUUGUCCAAAUGUUACAUACUUUUUCUGAAUCCGUCUGUAUUGACCAAGUCAAACGCUCAAAAUUCCUAGAAGAAGAAAAACUUGUUAAAUACUGAUAGUAGCAAAUGAUCUGGAUCUGGAUUGAGACCCCGAAGUGUAAAACUUAUGCUCAAACUUGUGACGUUCUGAGUAUGCCGCUCAGCAUUGACUAUGCGUGGACUUUUCUUUUAAAUAUGAGAAUUUUCUGCCUUGUAGGCACACAAAUCAGUGUAGUGUUUUUUAAUGAUUCGGAUGCAUGAUUUGACACCUUUGGACUGAAAAGGGGAAGCUAGUUUUCAUUGUAAAAAAGAGAUCAACUUAAAGGAAACCCGUCGUAUUUUCAUGCAGAGGGUUGGCAUUAUUUCCUUUGUUUGUGGCUUAUAUAUAUAAUCCUAGAAAUUAUGAAAUUAUUCGCUGUUAAAAUCUGUUGAGAUGAUGUCUCAUAUUUUCUCCCCUCAAAACUGAAUUGAUCAUAAUGGUUCACCGUUCAGUGCGGGUUAGCCGCCUAGAAAUAAUUAUUUUUUUAGCCCAGAUUUACAGGUUAUGCUGUUUUCUAGGUCACUGUGUACCGAUUGAUAUGCAAGGAGACAGUUGAAGAGAAGAUCCUUCAGAGAGCAAGCCAGAAGAGCACGGUGCAACAAUUGGUCAUGACAGGUGGCCACGUCCAAGGAGAGCUGAUGGCGCCAGAAGAUGUCGUCUCUUUACUUCUUGAUGAUGUUCAGUUGGAGCAGAAAUUAAAAGAUAUCUCCCUUCAUGUGAGUGGCCUACCCUCCUAAGUACCAUCCAUGUUGCUUUCUGACUUAAGCUUCUGCAUUACCUCCCACAAUAUUUCUCUGCAGCCUGUAGUGAAUCAAAUUUUCUUCAUGGCAUGGAUUUUUCUUCUUUCCUUUCCAGGCGAAAGAUAGGCAGAAGAAGAAACGUGUGACCAAGGGAAUCCGAGUGAAUGAAGAGGGAGACGCCUCCUUAGAGGACUAUGCCAUCCCUGGAGCAGAGGAUGGCGGUGGUGAGUCUGGACCUCCUGAACAGGCAACCGGCACAACUAAUAGUAAAAAGGUAUUGAUCUAUCCUCAUCCGCCGUCAUUUAGCUAGUCACAUGGAUUGUUUCGAGUUUUUGGCCAAAUGGGAUUUGGUUUUCAUACCCCAGCAACUAAGUCUCUUUCAAGCCUUGACAAUCUUUUUUGUUAACAACUGUUUGGUACAAAACUUUUCAGAGAAAAUCAGGCCAGGGACCAAAGGCCAGGGACCAGCCAAGGCCCACUAUUUCUGCAGAUCCUGGUGUGGAAUUGGAUGAAGAUCUCGACAGUGAGGAUAAGUUGAAGAACCCUAAACGGGCCAAGAAGAGCAUCAGCGGGGACCCUCAGCCUGCCAUUAAGGUUCCUCCAGCUCCUGCAACUCUGGAUGAUGGCCGAGAAGCUGAGGAUCAAGUUUUAUCUUCUGGACCUGCCGAAGUUGGAUGA